UCAGACCGGCCGCGCGUAUAAAAGAAGAGGGGUUGUAACCUUCCGACAUCAGUUCAGCCAGCUGCUCUGCCGACAAACGUGACCAUGCGCACCUCUGUUAUCAUCCUCGCCGUCCUGGCGGCCGUGGCAGCCGCCUCCGCACAGGCACCCUUCUACCGCAUCCUGCAGCACGACCUGCAGCGCGACGCCAACGGUCAAGCUUUCCAGCUCCGCUUCCUGACCGAGAACGGCAUCUCCCACUCCGACCAGGGCACUCUGAGGGCUUCCCCCGAAGGCCAGGUUCUCGUCAGACAGGGCGAGAGCGAGUACGUGGACCCCGCCGGCAUGCGCCACAGGCUCACCUUCACAGCUGACGAAAACGGAUACCGCCCCGUCCUCCAAUAAGUCUAAGAUCCUGCCCGAUUCAUCGUGUCAAACCUCUGUGAUUCAUUUACCAUUCGAAAACAAUAAACCCUACAACAUUGCUUAAA